AUGUCCUGCGAAGACGAGCAUCAUGGACAUGGCGGCCAUGGCAAUCAAAAUCACAAUCACAAUCACAAUCAUAAUCACGACCACGACCACAGCCAUAUAGCACCUAUCCCUACAUCGUCGUCCCAAUCACUCAAUUCCAAGAUUGACACGUUUAAAGUAUCAGCAUUAAACAUGGCUAAUCCACCUGAUGAUCUAGCAAAACUAUUCAAGUCUCCAGAAAAGAAGUAUGAAAUCCACCCGACAAUCAAAUCAGACUGCGAUGAGCAACUUAUUAUCAAUGUCCCUUUCUUGAAUGGAAGUGUCAAAUUGUACUCCUUAAUACUCCGCACCAAUGGUAACUCAUACUGUCCAAAGACGAUCAAACUAUUUAAAAAUGAUAAAAUGAUUGACUUUGACAACAUAGAACUGAAGAAACCAGUGCAAACAGUCACCCACCCCCAGGUUGGCAUCGCUGAUGACGUCGAUGAAUCUGAGAACACUGUGGAAUCAGACGGUGAUUUUGUGGAACAUUUUCUUCAAAGGCACAAGUUCACUGGCGUGCAGCAGUUGACUAUUUUUAUUUCCGAUAUAUACGAUGAAAGUGAAGACCAAUGCCGUAUCCAUUCAAUUGAAUUGAGAGGAGAGUUUACAGAGUUGAAUAAGGACCCCGUGAUUACCAUCUAUGAACUGGCUGCCAAUCCUGCAGAUCAUAAAAACUUGACAGCUGUGGAGCACCAGAAUAACAUCCAAUUCGGUAGUUAA